UCCAAAAAAGAAAAAGCUUCAGUGAACUAUGGGUUUCAAAAAGCUAUCAUUAUUCUCUCCAAAGUAUUUGAUGCCCAGUUGUUUAAAGCCAAAAAGGCUGCUCAAAGGCUCUUCUUCUUCUUCAAAUGGAAUUCAAACUUCAAAAAAAAUCUCUCUCAGAAGAAUCUCAUCAUUUUCUGAUAUGAGUGUUAGAUCAUCUUUAUCAGUUAUCAGUGAUCUUUCGAACUCUUGUAUUGGUUCAAAUCUUCAAAUUUUCACCUUUAAUGAACUUAAAGAACUCACUCAAUGUUUCACAAAAAGUAAUUAUUUGGGUGAAGGAGGAUUUGGGCCUGUGUUUAAAGGGUUCAUUGGUGAGAAUUUCAAGCCUGGUUUGAAAUCACAGCAAGUGGCUGUCAAGAUUUUGGACUUGGAUGGCUCUCAAGGCCAUAGAGAGUGGCUGGCUGAAGUGUUUUUUCUUGGGCAAUUGAGACACCCAAAUCUUGUUAAUUUGAUUGGAUAUUGUCUUGAAGAUGAACAAAGGCUUCUUGUGUAUGAAUACAUGGAAGGAGGAAACUUGGAGAAUGUGUUGUUUAAAGGUUGUUAUGUUUCGAAUUUGACAUGGUUACAAAGGAUGAAGAUUGCAUUAGGAUCAGCAAAAGGUCUUGCUUUUCUUCAUGAAACUGAAAAACCGAUCAUUUUCCGAGAUUUCAAAGCUUCGAACAUCUUACUCGACUCGAAUUAUAAUCCAAAACUUUCGGAUUUCGGGUUGGCCAUAAAUGGUCUUGAUGAAGAUGAUAUGCACACAGCGACUCGAGUCAUGGGAACCGAAGGUUAUGCAGCCCCAGAAUAUGUCAUGACAGGGCAUUUGUCAACAAUGAGUGAUGUAUUUAGCUUUGGAGUGUUUCUACUAGAGUUGUUAACCGGUCGACGAGCAAUUGACAAUAGUCGGCCGAGCCGAGAACAAAACUUGGUGACUUGGGGAAGGCAUCUCUUGAAAGAUAACCACAAACUUGAGAAAAUAAUUGAUCCAAGGCUUGAGGGUGAAUACUCAAAUGAAGGGUCUAAAAAAUUGGCUGCAUUAGCUCACCAAUGCCUUAGUCACCACCCAAAAUGUAGGCCUUCAAUGAGCUCAGUGGUGAAGGAUUUGGAAGCUAUUGUAAAGAUGAAAGAGUUUCUAAUUGAGCCAUUUGUGUAUAUUGUCCCAAGUGAAGAUAUCAAAGAGGUGGAGAAAUCGACGAACCAGCACCGAGACCAAAAAGGUCGAAGCUAUAGGCUUAAGCUACCAUCGUUGAGGUCGAGGUCAAGAUCCGGUGCCAUUCAUUCCGAUACUACCUUUGUGGAAAAUAGAUAGAUUGAGUUCAUGUUUUGUUAGUAUAGUUUGUGUUAAAAUCAAUGUUGGACAUAAAAAACUAUAGGGGAAAUAGAUGUUAGUUGGUUUGUUUGUUUUUGGAAUUGGUUUUUUCAUAUUUUCUUUUGGUUUCCAAGAAGUUGAGGCCAAUGAAGAUCUCUUGUGAAUGGAAACCUAAACAACUUUUGUUUUUUUGAUGUCUAUGAAUAACUUGAUGUUGUUGCUCAAAAUUUUCCAAUCAAGUUUUCG